UUGAACUUUCCAUAGAAUUCAAACAAAACAGAGCAAGUCGCCAACGCAACCAAAAUGUGUGGUUCGAAGCAGCGCCCCACGUGGUGAUGUUUCAUGUGGACAACCUUCUGAGUUCGUUAAACAGUUUGCUUCUUCUUCAAUGGACCCCUCUCCUCCUCCAAUCCCAUAGGAGAUCCCAGGGAAUCUUCCCUCUCUCACACCAGCAAAAUCUCAUUUUUUUAUCUCUCAGGAACCAAUCAAGAUUUUGGUUUGUGCUUCUUUCAUAGAGAGGAUUUUCGGAAUUUUUAUUUUGAGUUGGAGAGAAUGAGAGCUCUGAAUUCCCAUUUCGUGUUGAUUGAUCUGCACAGUUCUUGGCACUCAGCUCAGCAGAUUCCCAACUCAACCUUUGCUUACCUGCAGAAAUGUAGAGGGGCGGCUCCUUCCCUCUCUGCGUCGAUUCGUCGAACAAGAGGAAGACGGGGGAAGAUCUCAUCGUCCAGGGCGCCGGCGCCGGAGGUGAGGUCCCCGGAGAUUCGACGGCCGAGGGAGUGGUCCACGAAGGGAAAUGGGUUUCUUUCGGUUGCUUCAAACACGGCUUCCACGUCGAGCUCUGGUGGUCGAGGUGAUGAGGUGGUCUCGGACAUGGACUUGUUUCUUGAAAUAGUGCCUUUGAGGAUGAGGCAUGAGUUGCUGAGGCAUGAGGAGAUUGGGGAGCUGGUUGAAGUGGUUAUGGACUUGGGGAGGAACCCCCUUGCUCGCUCGAAACCUGAUGAUCUCCGUCAUGCUAUCUCAAAGGUUGGUGAGUUCUCCGAUGACAACCGGUCUGGAAUUGAUCACUCUCUACAUCGUAUUAGUGCCAUAAGAAAUCGGAAAAUGCAAAUUAUAGGCCUUACUUGCCGGGUAGGUCGAGCUGUAUCAGGGAGUGCUGAAAUCAUACGGGACCUAGUUGAAGGUGGAGGCUCCAUCUUGGUCAUAGGGCCUCCUGGAGUUGGCAAAACAACCUUAAUCAGAGAAAUUGCCAGAAUCCUGGCUGAUGACCAGAAGAAACGUGUAGUUAUUGUUGAUACGUCAAAUGAAAUUGGCGGUGAUGGAGAUGUGCCUCAUUCUGGCAUAGGUCGUGCUAGAAGGAUGCAAGUCCCAAAUGUUCACUUGCAGCAUAAUGUAAUGAUUGAAGCAGUUGAAAAUCACAUGCCCCAGACCAUUAUAAUUGACGAAAUUGGAACAGAACUGGAAGCAUUAGCUGCCAGUACAAUCGCACAAAGAGGAGUUCAGCUUGUUGCAACUGCUCAUGGAAUUACUAUAGAGAGCAUCAUUAAAAAUCCCUCUUUGCAGACCCUUGUUGGUGGAAUAGAGAGUGUUACUCUGGGUGAUGAGGAAGCACGAAAGAGGAAAGUGCAGAAAACUAUUCUUGAAAGGAAAGGACCUCCUUCAUUUACUUGUGCGGUUGAGAUGAUAUCGAAAACCGAAUGUCGGGUUCAUCAUAGACUAGAUGCAACAGUGGAUGCUAUACUGGCAGGAAAAUCUCCAUUGUUUGAAGUCCGACAUCUGGAUGCUGAAUCUAGUAAUGCAUCUAAAUCAAGUCAAUCUACUGAAGAAGACCAUAUUGGAGAUGAUAAGGUGAUACCAGGGAAAUCACAGGUGUUUGCAGUCUGCAGAAAAGAUUCGGAGGUUAAUUAUUUAGCAAGAUCAGCUCAACCUACUCAAGAAGACCAUGCUUUAGAAGCUAAGGCAACGAUUGGUAAAAACGAAGAGACUAAAGUAGUGUCUGACAACGAAGAGGAGUAUUACUAUCCUAAGUCCAAGACAGUGAGCUCUAGUGUAUCUGUGAGCAAAAAGAGCUACCCAUUAUAUGUUUAUACUUACAAGAUCCAAGAAGCUGAUUUGUUACAAGUAGCAGCUGUAAUGGGCCUUGAGGAGAAAAUAGAUGCAACUGAUGAUAUUGGUUCUGCGGAUGCCAUUCUGGCAUCUAGUUACGAAAUGAAACAGAAUCCUUGGAUCCGUGGGGUGGCAAAAUUUCAUCAGUUGCCUGUAUUUGUUAUCAAGUCCACGACAAUGGCUCAAAUGGUAAAGGCAGUCCGCAUGAUUCUUGGGAUGGAUUCAUUUAGCUCUGUACAAAAGCAAUCAAAUAGAAAUUCUUCUGAUAUUGAGAUCGAAGAUGACGAGCCAAUCAGAAAACCAUCAUUAGAGGAAAUUGAUGCCUUGGAGGAGGUUCGACUUGCAAUCGAGUACAUUGUAAUACCUGGUGGUGAGCCUGUUGAACUUCUUCCAAGGCGCUCUGAGAUUGUUGCUCGACAACUCGAGCUGGUGAAGAGUUACCAGUUAGCUGUUGAGAACUCGGGUACUGAUUCGAACCCCAGACUGCAAAUCCUUCCUCAGAAGUUAAACAAGAGAACUUCAAAGACCAGUUCAAGUUUUGUCAAGUACAUAAGCCCCAAGUCGUCGGUGGCUGGCGGCGGUGGAGCUACUAGCGUCGUCAGGCUGCCGUUUCUGCCCGAAUAGUGCAGCAAAUCACAGGUUAAUUUCAACCAAGCCAUCCAACUCUUGUACAAUUCUGUAAAUUAAGUUCCAUAUCCUUUCUUGUCUAUUAAUUUCUUAAUGUUAUAAAGUCAUUGACUCACCAAUUCAAGUUGGCAAAUAUAUAUACACUGUACAUAUAAUGCAAUUCAAAGGAAAAUCUUGGCCAUUGGAAUUGCCUGAACCUCCUCUUUCAUCUGAGUGAGUUCUCUAAUUCAAAUUCA